CCCUCCGCAGAACUUCCUGUUUUCCUCUCUGACCUCGGAAGGGAGGGGGCGGAGCCCUCGGAGGCGGAAGUUGCGGUGCAUUGUGGGCUUGCUUUGAGCCAGGGACUUCAUCCUGAAUGAAAGUGGCGCGCCGCCCCUGACGUUACCCGGAUUGGAGCGGUUGGAAUUCGUGUCCCUGUGGGGAUUCGGGUGUCUUGGAACUCCAGUGCUGACCCAACCGCAGAGAGGCAGCGGCAAAGGCUCGGCGAGCGUUGGUGAAGGGGCCGGUUCUGCGCGGUCCCCCAGGUCAUGGCUCACAACAAGAUCCCGCCGCGGUGGCUGAAUUGUCCGCGGCGCGGCCAGCCGGUGGCAGGAAGAUUCUUACCUCUGAAGACAAUGUUAGGACCAAGAUAUGAUAGUCAAGUUGCUGAAGAAAAUAGGUUCCAUCCCAGUAUGCUCUCAAAUUAUCUGAAGAGUCUGAAGGUUAAAAUGGGCUUGUUGGUGGACUUGACUAAUACGUCAAGGUUUUAUGACAGAAAUGACAUAGAAAAGGAAGGAAUCAAAUAUAUAAAACUUCAGUGUAAAGGACAUGGUGAGUGCCCUACAACUGAGAAUACUGAAACAUUUAUCCGUCUGUGUGAGCGGUUUAAUGAAAGAAAUCCACCUGAACUUAUAGGUGUUCAUUGUACCCAUGGUUUCAAUCGUACUGGUUUCCUCAUAUGUGCCUUUUUGGUGGAGAAAAUGGAUUGGAGUAUCGAAGCAGCAGUUGCUACUUUUGCCCAAGCCAGACCACCAGGAAUCUAUAAGGGUGAUUAUUUGAAGGAACUUUUUCGUCGCUAUGGUGAUAUAGAGGAAGCACCACCCCCACCUCUAUUACCAGAUUGGUGUUUUGAGGAUGAUGAAGAUGAAGAUGAGGAUGAGGAUGGCAAAAAGGAAUCAGAACCUGGGUCAAGUGCGUCCUUUGGCAAAAGGAGAAAAGAAAGGUUAAAACUGGGUGCUAUUUUCUUGGAAGGUGUAACUGUUAAAGGUGUAACUCAAGUGACAACUCAACCAAAGUUAGGAGAGGUACAGCAGAAGUGUCAUCAAUUCUGUGGCUGGGAAGGGUCUGGAUUCCCUGGAGCACAGCCUGUUUCUAUGGACAAGCAAAAUAUUAAACUUUUAGAACAGAAGCCAUAUAAAGUAAGCUGGAAAGCAGAUGGUACUCGUUACAUGAUGUUGAUUGAUGGCACAAAUGAAGUUUUUAUGAUUGAUAGAGACAAUUCAGUGUUUCAUGUUUCAAAUCUGGAAUUUCCAUUUCGUAAAGAUCUCCGGAUGCAUUUAUCAAAUACACUCCUAGAUGGGGAGAUGAUUAUUGACAAAGUAAACGGACAAGCUGUUCCUAGAUACUUGAUAUAUGACAUAAUUAAAUUCAAUGCACAGCCAGUUGGAGAUUGUGAUUUUAAUGUUCGUCUGCGGUGUAUAGAAAGAGAAAUUAUAAAUCCUCGACAUGAAAAAAUGAAGAAUGGACUCAUUGACAAAACACAGGAACCAUUUAGUGUCAGAAAUAAGCCAUUUUUUGAUAUCUAUACGUCAAGAAAGCUCCUUGAAGGAAAUUUUGCCAAAGAAGUCAGCCAUGAAAUGGAUGGACUUAUUUUUCAACCUACAGGAAAAUAUAAACCUGGUCGAUGUGAUGAUAUUCUGAAAUGGAAGCCUCCCAGUCUGAAUUCAGUUGAUUUUCGUCUAAAAAUAACAAGAAUGGGAGGAGAAGGGUUACUUCCUCAGAAUGUUGGCCUUCUCUAUGUUGGAGGUUAUGAAAGACCCUUUGCACAAAUCAAGGUGACAAAAGAGCUAAAACAGUAUGACAACAAAAUUAUAGAAUGCAAAUUUGAGAACAACAGCUGGGUCUUCAUGAGACAGAGAACAGACAAAAGUUUUCCUAAUGCCUACAACACUGCCAUGGCUGUGUGCAAUAGCAUCUCGAACCCUGUCACCAAGGAGAUGCUGUUUGAGUUCAUCGACAGAUGUGCCAUGGCUUUGCAAGGGCAGAAGCGAAAGCAUCAUCUGGACCCUGACGCAGAGCUGAUGCCGCCACCACCUCCCAAGAGGCCGCGCCCCUCAUCCUGAGACCCGCCCCCCACUGCAGGGCUGCCGGGAGAGAUGAAGGAGGGAAAGUGCUGUUGCCCAAUUUUUGUAGCCAGAGAAAAUCCGAAAGUGAGUGUGGCUUGAUAUUGAUACACAUUUGGAUUUUUUAAAAAAGAGAAAGGUAUUGUAGCCAGCCUGUAAAUACUGGUGCAUUGGUCUCCUCAGGCUGCAGCACAUCAUGGACUUAAACGUUUUAUUUGUAUCUGAUAAAGUCAGCCUUACCUUGGGGGAUCUGAAGACUGAAAUAUCCAAAGGUUUAAACAAGAUUAAAAUCAAUGAAAAAGAGGCCUUGUUUACAUAUGGAUAACUUUCACAUUUAUAAAGUUAGUGAUCUGGAACUGUGAGCACAUAAAACACCGUACUUUUUACAAGUUAUGUUUCAACUAUGGCAAAUUUUUCUUUUAAAAAAAUAGGCCAAGGCAUUAAACAUUCUUGCUAUCAUUUAUCAUGGAUUUCAUACAUUUCUGAGAUUCCCAUAUUCAAGAACAAAUGACAAGUUUGUUAAUGAUUGUACUAUAUUAAACAACUUGGUCUGGUUUAUAUCAUUUUAAGGAGUUUUUUUUGUAAGUGAGUGUAAAAGUAAAAAAGUAAAGCUAAAUUUUUGUGAAUUGCAUUGUUUCUAAAGGAUGUACUUUGAGUAUUUUCAUCUGUCUCUGUUGUUUAACCUUGAUAUCAGAUAUUCACUGUGCCCAUUCUGGCAGUGGUUUUGAGUUAUUUCAUGGAACUUGGAUAUACACCACCAGGUUUUUUGUGUUGUUUUCCUGGGAGACUUUUCUUUAUUGCAAAUGCCAGAGCCACUUCUGCUUUACCUCAGUGGUACCAGCACAUUGUAAAUUACAUUAAAACACACAACUCACUGUGAUCCAUGGGAGUGGUAGCAAAUACAAAUGAUGUUGUGUUAGUUCCCUGGAACAAAACAGCAAAAGAAAUGCCCGUUGACUCCUUUGAAUAGAAGAUGAUGUCAGCGGAGUCGGGCACAGUCAUGAGGGUGCCAUCCUGCUGCUGACCAUGUGCCAAGGCAGGGUGCGGACACUUAUAGGAGCUGAAUAUCAAGAAAACUAAGACAUUUAUUUUCAAAGCCAGAAUUCUAUCUCUGUUCUAUUCUGGGGAUAUUGUUUCUGUUAUACAUCUGAAUUUUAAAAUUUUUAUUGACAGAUAAUGAAUUUGAACGGCAGCUAAUUGGUCAUCUGACAUUUUUGAGAAACUAUGAUUGGUUUAUGAAGGAGCUCUGAGAAUUAUCAACUGAUUAGAGGCAAUAUAUUUAUUUUUAGAGGGACAGGUUUUAAGCAUAUGUAUUUAAAGAAAAUUUUCUUGCUCUGAAUUUUAUAUAGGUAUGUGCAUAUAUAUGCAAAUGUGUGCAGCAGUGUAUGUUCUUCUACUGACACAGCCAGACUUGGAAAUCUGAAAGAGUUACCUGGUAGACUGAGUAUCCAACAGGAUUUCUAUACGACAUAGCACAGAUUAACCAAAAAUGUAUUUAUCUUCACUUGAGUUGUAAUGUUUUUAGACGAAGUCUUCUCCUGCUUCUCUAUAUAAAAUACUAGUCAAGCCUGGCUUUUCCCUUUGUUGUUCCCAAGCUAUGUAAUGUAUAGUGAAUUUAUUCAAAAUGCUAUUUUAAUGUUUUUUUCAUGAGUACUUAUGUGUGUUUGGGUACUAAAGGGAUUAAAACACCUGACUGCCGCAAUGACUAGUGAAAGAGGAGAAAUGCUCAAGGUUUCACAGAGACCUUUGGAAACAAAAUGGAUCUUAAAAAAAAUAAAGCCUAUGCAACUCCAAACAGGCUGAGCCUGCCUGCCCAGGACGAGUGCCUUAGCUUGGCACGUCACUUUCUGCCAACCUGGGCAACAGCAGAGCCCUCUGCAGAUAGGAAAGCAAACGUCACCAGUGAUUUUUAAUGGCAUUAAAGUGUUUAUGGUAAUUGUAACCUUUUAAAUGUGUUAUGUGAAAGAGCAUCUCACUUUUAAUACACCUAGAUAUUGUCUCCCUGUCAUUAUGCAUUUUAGCAGCAUUUAAUUUUAUUAGUGUAUCCUUUUCUUUUUGAUUAUAGUGGAGUAUAGUAGUCGGCCUUCUAAGUAGAUCCCACUAGCCCUGAACACACUGCCCUCUGCAGUACCAUAAGAAGUCACGUGACGGUUGGGGAGAAGUGCAGACUUUGGACAUCAGGAAGAAAACAUUUUUCUCUUUUCAGCUCACUCCACAAUAGCUAUUUUCUGAGGCUGAAGUUGUUUAGACAAGAAUAAGAAAACUUUGCUUUCUUCAUUACCACAUGUAAAGCUUUUGCUUUUGGUUAGGAAAAGGUGUAGAUGACUCUGCUGCCUGGACAGGUGCAUCUACUUUCCGUGAACUGCUCAGAGAAUGUCAGGACAUUCCUUUACUUGUGUGUCCGUGGCUACUAUAAUAAAACUAUCAAUUUAAA